AUGUAUGGGAGGAGCCGGAGGCCUGCGCUCUAUCCGCGAGAGAGCAGAUGGGACAGGUCGGGAGCUGACCCCACCAAUAGAAUCCAGUCUGCAGAUGAUCUUAGCGGUGUUGGCAGUGCGACCAGAGCGCGGCCACUUCCAAGGUUUCUUGCUGCGAGCGACGCAGCCGAAGACGUGCCGGGGCAAGGGACUGGAGGCUUCCACAUCGUUUGGUUGGACAAGCCAGAGAAGCGCGAGAGCCUCGCAGCCGUAGUGAACUCAGAGCUCUACGCCUUAUUCGCACCAGGUGAGCACAAGAUCGCCCAGUUGGAAUUGGCCAUGGUUUUCUACGGGCUGGUGGUGCGUGCCGAAUCUUUCCGGGGAAGGCGCGGCUAUUGGUACAUUGACAACGUGGCAGCGCUUAUGGCACUUGUCCGAGGGCUCAAGCUCGCCGGACCUUGA